AGAGGCGUCCCACUGAAUGGCGGGGGGGCGGAGUUUUGUCUGUCUGGGACAAAGAUGGUGGGGGGUCAUUAAAAACACACACACACACACACCCAUACACACACACACACACACACACACACAUACAUACACACACAUACACACACACACACACACACACACACACAUACAUACAUACACACACAUACACACACACACACACCUAUCCCUGGCACUAUGUGGACCUCUGUAGCCCCGCCCCCCUUUUCCACAGGAAAUAGUUGCUAACGACGACCCGGUCGCCGCGGUGAUGCUUUACGAGGGGGCGGGACGACCGAGGUCAGGGGUCGCCAGGGUCUGACACUGGAGGGGAGGACGGCGGUCCUGAGGACAGCCGUCUGUGGAGUCACCUGCAGACCCAACGUGAAGACUCCUGGAACUACGUCAGGUGUCAUGUGACUCAGGUGUCAUGUGACUCAGGUGUCAUGUGACUCAGGUGUCAUGUGACUCUGCUGAAGCUCUGCUCUCACCUGGAAGCAGCUUGGAGCCCCUCGUGGACCCCUGGAGAGCCUUUCAGGGCCUUAUUUUGACCCUGGUUUCAUCCUCAGGCCUCCAGGAUCACUGCCAUCGACUCCUGGAGCAUCUUCAGGUCUGUGUCUGCGUCCUCACACACACACACACACACACACACACACACACACACACACACACACACACAGGAAGCUUGACUCAAAGACUUUCAGAACUUCUUUUGUUUUUAUGAAUGAACAUUUUCACACGGGAGUUUUUCCACGUCUGAUUGGUUGAUAUUUUUGUCUCUUUCUUUCUUUCUGUGUGUGUGUGUGUGUGUGUGUGUGUGUGUGUGUGUGUGUGUGUGAGUGUGUGUGUGUGUGUGUGUGAGACCGUCGUCGUGGGUAACAGCAGUAGGAAUGUGUGACAUCACAGCGCUGGGCCGUAUAAGGCCCUGCGUCCGUCCUGGGGCCGCAGACGCGUCCUGACACUGAGACAGGACAGACAGGAAACACUGACACCAAUAAUCAAUACUUCUUAUUGGAGGGAAAACUGAUCGACUGGAAACAGAUUAAAUCACUGAUCUGAGAAACGAGACGACGGCAGACUCUGCUUCACUUUGUUUGGAUUUGAGUUUUUUUGUUGGAAUAUUUUGACGUCUUUCUGUAUCAAUGGCGGCUUCAUCUUCCUCCUGCUUCCUCCCCCUCAUCGCCCUCCUCUUCCUCUUCCUCGCCAUCGCCGUGGAGUCGAGACCUUCAUCACGACGGGACGACGCCCAGGUCCUCCAAUCACUGUUCGGCUCUCGUCUGUCCUCGCUCCUUUUGGCCCCUCCCACCCCCGUUGACAUCACAGAGGGCUCAGGCUCAGGCCCCGCCCCCUUGGUUAGGCCUGCUGGCGUGGGAUUGGCUGGCCAGAGGCGGGUGGCGGGGCAUGGGUUCGUCCUGGACUUCCUGCGGCAGGCAAAGAUGAAGAGGUGGAACAGGAAGUCCAUGAUGGGAGGAAGAGGAUGCUUCGGGAUGAAGAUGGACCGCAUCGGCUCCAUCAGCGGGCUUGGCUGUUAGCCUGGCAACUGUUACCAUGGUGACCUCU